AUGGAUGAGCUGUAUUCAUCAAUUGGAAGGAUCUCUGGGAAAAGAAGUAACGAAUCGAGCCUCAGAAUCAAUGAUUUUCCAAGGAGGCCAAAUAAAAAGGCCGAAGAGUCGGAUAUUCCAGUCGAACUUCUGGAAAACAUCCUCAGGCGCCUAAGCCUGGUAGACAACCUCCGGGCUUCCGGCGUCUGCCACAGAUGGAUGGCUGUGGCAAAGUCCGUCCGAGUAUCCAACAAGCACCCUUGGAUCAUGUACCACUCGUGGAGGUAUAAAACAAAUGAGUUCUACAAUCCAGUUCAGCGCAAGUCGCAUUACCUACGGCUGUCCGGGAUAAAGUACAGACUCGUCUGUUACUGCAACGACAGUUGGCUGUUGCUCUACAGCCAUGUAGGCCUUUUGCUUACACUCUACAGCCCGUACACUCAGAAGGCCGUUGAAUUGCCGCAAAUGGAUUUUCCGAGUAAAUUAGCCGCCUUUUCAGCCGCGCCGAAUGCUCCUAGCUGCAUUGUGAUUGCGCUAAUGCAACUUCAGCCCCAUGUGAUCGCAAUCAGCACGUAUCGCCCCGGGGAUGACACAUGGACCGUCAAUCAUUUCGAGAACCCGGAACCGUUCGUCAGCAGCAAUCCGAAUCAAUGGACUUUUUGCAACGGACACUUCUACUGUCUUAGCCAAAGCGGCCAAUUGGGAUGUUACGAUCCUGAUAAUAGUGCCUGGUCCGUCGUCCCCGUCGAACAACCUGAGUGCAUAAGGGCGAACCCGCUUGACAUAGGCGAGCGGGCGAUGUAUAUGGCAGAGCAUGCCGGGGAUAUUUAUUUGAUAUACGCUUACCCGUUUCUUAACCCUUUUGUACAUAAGCUCGACAGCGCUGCAAACCAGUGGGUGGAGAUUGAAGACCUCGGCGGCCUGACCAUUUUUGCUAACUAUAUGAGCUCGUUUGUUCGGACAGAUAUGAUAGGUAUAAUGAGAAAUAGUAUUUAUUUCUCGAAGGUGAUUUUUUACGGGAAGCGCCCCGUUGUAUAUUCCCUUAGGCAGAAGCGAUUCUUCCCCCGACAAGAAGGCUACAAUCUAUGCAACGAGGAGCCGUAUGAGAACAUAUGGAUCGAUGCCCCCGACGACCUCUCUGAAUUCUUCUGA